CUGCAAGGCCAAGACAUGGACUGGCCGCGUCGCAGAGACUUGGGAGCUGCUGCCUGAAUACCCAGUGCAACUGCUACUGCCGCCGCUACAGCCCGAGCCUGCCGUAUUGCAGCAGCAAUUGCCGGACCAGCAGCAGCAAGCCCCAUCGCCCCAAGCGGGAGAAAGCUACCUGGCGCCGCUGCGGGAGGCGGUGACAGGCGGCGACACGGCUGCAGCUGGGCCCCAGCCUCAAAUACCGCCGCAAUACAUGCAUUACUACCGGCAGCAAAUGCGGGCGGUGACGACUGCCGUUCGGUCUCCUCUCCGCCUCAGCCCGCGGACAUCGCUGGUACGGGGCUCGGCGGUGGCAGCCGCUGCCGCCGCAACUGGCGCCGCUGCUGGGUCAGGUGCCGCCGCGUUGCCGGGCAUGAACCUGCCUGUGUCGCUGACGCUGGCGCCCAUCGAGCUGGAUGUGGACUACGAGACGGAGGUGGAGCCCUUCCUCGGGAGGCUGAUUGGAGUGGGCGGCUUCGGCAGGGUGUACGAGGCCACGUUUCGAGGUCGCAAGGUGGCGGUUAAGACCGUUGUGAUUGAGGACGAG